AUGAUUCGUACUGGCUUGGUGACUGGUGCUGCUCAAGGAAUAGGGCGUGCAAUUGCUCUUCGUCUUGCUAAAGAUGGUCUCAAUGUUGCUGUUAAUGAUAUAGAAGCUAAUUCCUCUGAACUUCAAAAAGUUCAACAAGAAAUCGAACAAAUUGGUCGAAAAUCAAUCUCUAUUAUUGCUGAUGUUUCUAUAAGUGAAUCGGUUGAAAAAAUGAUGCAAGAAGUUGCGCAAAACUUAGGAAGUUUAGAUGUAGUAGUUGCAAAUGCAGGAAUUUGUAAUGCGAAAUUGCUCUUAGAUACAACUGUAGAAGAUUGGGAUAGACUUUUUGCAGUAAACAUGCGUGGUGUAUUUCUUUGUUACAAAGAAGCAGCUAAAAUCAUGAUUAAACAAGGUACAGGAGGAAAAAUCAUUGGUGCUUGCAGUAAUGCUGGAUAUAGACCAACUCCAACGAUCGGUGCUUAUUCUGCUACAAAGUGGGGUGUACGAGGUUUAACACAAGCUGCUGCUAUAGAAUGGGCUCCAUAUAAUAUUACAGUCAAUGCUUAUUGUCCAGGUAUCAUUAUGACAUCGAUUGGUGACAUGUUUUGUGAAGGAUUGGCAGAAUUUCAUGGGAAGACAAAAGAUGACGUUACUGAAGAUUUUGUCAAAGCUAUUCCACUUGGUCGCAUAGGAGAUCCAGAUGAUGUUGCAAGCUUAGUUUCAUUUCUUGCAAGCAAAAAUUCUGACUACAUUACUGGACAGAGUAUUUUAGUCAAUGGUGGGAGAUUUUUUUCUUAA